AAAUUCCUCAGCCUCGGGACAGAGCAGGUUUGUUCUUAAAACAUGAUGUUUAGGUGUAAAUCGGAAUUCGGACCAAACCGUGUCAACGCACAGACUCUGGGGGGACAAAAUAAUUGCUCCUGCCUCUGCUGUUGCCGGGCCAGUAAAUAGUGAUUCAGAUCGCAUGUAACAGGCUGCGGGCUACGAGUCAUUUUUUCCGACGACUUCAGGCACCAGAGGAGCGUCGCAGCACUCACAGACCGCCUCGUCGCUGGGGUUUCUCUGCAAGUCUAGAAAUGCUCCACGGGGCAGUGAGCAGGGCUGUGCUCUGCCUGUCCUGCUGCCUGCUGUUGGGGGUCUGCUCCCCAGCAGAGGGUACAGGACCAGCAGGUCCUCCUCCCACAUUUCCCCGUGAACAAGAGUCAGGGGAAGCAGACCUUGAGGACUGGGAGUGGGGGUCUGGAUCAUCUCUUCUGCAGCUGCUCCACAGCUUCCCCGCUGACAGCCCCUUCGUCACAGAGACCCCAGGAAAACCGGUUAACUGCAGCCAGCGCUUCUGGUUACCUCCGUCCUCUGCAGUCUGCUGGGAAAACAUAGCCGGACCUGAGGAGUUUGCCAAGUCCCGUCUGCUUGUUCUGCAGAACAGGGCUGCCCUGCAGGCUGUGUCCACCUCCAGCGGGGUGGAUGAGGGAGGGAUCUCCUAUGACCACCAGGCCAGAGAGGAGGUCCAAGGGAUCCGUUCAGACCACCUGAGUGUGGCAGAAACUAUGCAGACCAUGGAGAAGGUGUUUGUCUCACUGGCGGAGAAGAGGAAAGAGGGGAAGGAGCAGGGGGUUUUCACUAGCAUGAGGGAGCAUCUCGCCAACGCAAGAGAAACCAUCGACGGCAGAGAGCACAUGGUUAACCACCUGGAGGAGCAGUUUUCUACUUUAGAGAAAACUAUGCUCAACAUGCAGCUUCGAAUCAACAAACUCUUCCAACAGUGACAAUGUCAUGGACCCACUGCCUCUUUUGCUUCCCUUACUUGAACUGUAUUUAUAUAAUCAUGUAUAGUACAACAAUGCAUGCAUGUUCAGGAUUAUGUAAGUCGGUAGUAUGACGGAAAAACACACUUGAUAUGCACGUUAUUAUGACAUUAACAUACCUACAAAAGUAAAACAUGUAACCUGGAAUUUGUAGAUUAAUAAACCUCACAUUAUCAGGGGAGUUUUGAUGAA